GAAGAAAAACACUCCGCUAUUUUUAAUGAGGUUUUGAUAAAAAGGCAUCUACAAAUUUUAGAGAUUUUUUUAAUUUUAAAUUUGGAGAUGGCUGGAAUACUGAAAACUCUCAGUUCAUUUCAUAAUAGAUUUUUGAAUAAAUGCAAUUCAAAAAUGACAUUUUGGAAUAUCCAAAACCCUACAAGGACACUAACUUCGGAAACACAGAAUAAGCUGACUGAAUUGAAUAUACCUGAGAAACCAAAAAAACCCCUAAGCCCUUAUUUACAAUUUAUCCGAGAAAUUCGAGCCAAUGUAGUCAAAGAAAAUCCAGAUUCUAGCCCAAAAGACAUUAUCAAAAAAUGUGCAGAAAAAUGGAAAGCUUCUUCAGAGUUGGAAAAAGAGAAAUAUAUCUACAAGUUCAAAUCUGAUUCGGAGGCGUAUAAUGAUGAUAUUUUAAGAUACAAUGCAAGCCUCACCCAGGAACAGUUAUUAGCACUUCAAGUAAUGGAUCGAGAAAAUAUGAUGGAAAAACAAUCUAAAAGAGUGAGAAAGCUGAAUAAGCAAUUCAACAAACCGAGAAAACCGAUGAAUGCGUACUUACUAUUUUUGAAAGAUAGAGGCCAAAUACAGAACUUGACAGGAAAAACAUUGAUAGCGAAUUUGUCGGGAGAAUGGCACAAACUACCAAACUCUGAGAAACAGAAAUACGAAGAAAAGUACUCCAAAGAACAGGAAAACUAUGAAAAGGAGUUAUUGGAAUGGGAGAAAAAAAUGUUUGCAGAAGGACAUGAAGAGCUGAUAAGGCCAAAAUAUUUAAAGAUUUGGCAAAAGGAGCAACUGAAACAAAUCGAACAUUCCAGCAAGAUCAGCAAGGCUAAGAAGGGUUCAGAAUAGGGGUACGAGUGUCUUCACUUGAAUUCAUCCGCCAAUGCGGGUGAAGACACUUCAAUUAAUAUUGAAUCUGGACAAAAUACCAAAGCAAAGAACGAAAACAAUCCGAAGUCUCAAAACGACAUCCGUUCAACUAUCAAUAGCUCUUCGAAAACUGGCCCUGGCCCAAAAAAGACUUCUAGGACUUUUCUUUAUAAAAAUGAGGAAUGUAAAAAGGCGGAACGGCGAGAAGAUGACCAGAAAGAAAUUUUUGAAGGCAAAGCAGUCGGGCAAGAUCCUAACGAUGACGGAGUUGGAUUCCACAAGAAUAGGACAAAAUGUGCCAGUGAAAGAUUAGAAAAUGUUUCGUCAGAGAAACCAACUAGUUUGAUGAAUUUAUUUCGGAAGUUAUUCAAGUUUUAAAUUCAAUUUUGAUUAUUUUGAAUACAUUAGUUGUCUUUUAUUAACGGUAUUGCUUUGUGAUUUCAGAACUUAAUUUUUAUUACAUUGAAUAUUACAACAAAAAUAAAUAUAUACCCAACGAAACUAUCCAUUAGGUCAUAUUGACGCUAAAGGGAUAUGAGCUUGCAUUGUAUAUAUUUUUGUUGUAAACUGGCGUGAUUUUGACUUUCUCAUUCAUAAAUAUAAAUGAUUUUCUAUGA